CAAGUGAUCAGCAAUCAGUCGGCGACGGGCAGUUAGUUGACGACUGUUGAACUCGAUACAUCUGUGAUGGUCACGCGAACGGUACAAACGGCAAACAAGUUGUAGUGAACGGGAGUGAUUAAUAAAUUAACUGAACAAAGCUACCCGACGAAGAGGUGGUCAAACGAGCGAUCGACAGCGAACCAACCAAACUAUCCAAACAACAAACUAACCCACAAAACAAGGUGCACAUCAUCACAAGCCAACCAACAACGUGUCUUGUGAUCGAGCGACGGUAAUUUGUUUUCCGCUUGUUGAGCAUUCCACGAACAAAACGUGCAACUGAGUUUUGUUGUACAAAGCUGCGCGCACUUUUUGGUUGCGUAGAAGCUGAUAAUAAGACUUUGGCACACCACCGCAAAGAGUGGUGCGGUAACUUACGCGACUAUACGUAAUACGCGUGCGACGCAAAGCAACGACCAAUAAUUUGGUGUACACAACGACGACGACGACGAAAACAACGGUGGUAGCUGUGAUCAACCUACUAGCAGAGCGUCACGAACCGCGAACAACGAACAAUAACCGCCAGUAAUAAUAGUAACAUCAGUGAUAGCGGACGCAUCAACAAUAGCAAGUAACAGCAACAACGCAUCCCUCCAACCGCCGGUGCGUGCUCACUAGCACUCCACAAUACGCAAGCGAGCAAGAGUAACCGAACGCCGCAAGUUCCAAUCGACGGUGCGUAGAGCAUUGCAAUAGUAAAAUGUGUCGCUGCUGUCAGAGUUGCUGGGAGGACUUCAAGUGGAACUGCUUUGAGGAGAGAUUCUGCUACGAUGAGUCAAUAGCCAACUACAAUCCUGACGAGGAUAUGGACUAUGUGACCAUGCAGAAGAAUGGCAGUGCACUGAGUCAUAUCCAGGUUUCGGAUAACAACAAUUUGAUGGUGCCCAUCAUUAAUCAACCAGUGCGACGGAGUAAUUCCGGCCUUAUAAGUAAUGCGAAGAUACACGAAGAAGACUAUCGUCGCGAAACACAAACCAACGUGCCAAUGUUGGGUCCCGAAAUAUUGGCUGUUUUUGCAAACUCACAAAUAUUCCAAGAUCAUCAACCGACCAAACUGGUACGAAUCAGCACGAAGACCUAUCUGGCGGGCGUACAUUCACCCAAUAAAGAGAUGCCGACAACGCCGCGUGAAUCCGAGCAAGAUCGGCUAAUACGGCGAUUGGAAGGAAAUAACAACAAUGUUGAUGCUGCUAUUGGUGAUUUCGAAAAGAAGACGCCCGAAAGUGUUGCACCCAAAAGUGCUGCGCCCGCAAGUGUUACACCCGAAAGCAUUGCGCCCACCAGCGCCGCCACCACACCAGCUGAUGCGGCAGAUGGCACCACAGAAAAACGCAUCACUUUCACCUUAACGACCGAUUCGUCGCCCGAGGGUAGCCAAACAUUGACACCGAAGAAAUUCGACGCGAUUGCCGAAGAAGGUAUGGAUCAUGUUGAACCGUCAAAGCCCGACUCGAACGAGGUGAUACUCCGUCCGCCGCGCUUCAUCGAUCGCCAAACACACUUGAUGACCACCAGUUCGGGUUUAACAUCGCCGCGUAAACUCAAACGCAGCGCAACCAGUGUGCCACAUUUCAAUGUACGCAGCGCGGCCAGUGAGACCGACAUCUUUUCGAUUACCGGUUCCGGUUCACGCAUUAGCAUGACACCCGAAGUACCAUCCAUAUCGUUUAGCAAUCUGCCGAAGAACUACGAAGAUACACCGACCAUAGAGAAGUAUCGGGUCUCGCAAAGUCUCUACUCCAUACAGACGGCCAAUGCGGCGCGCGUCAAUCAGUAUGACUACUCGAUGCCGCGUUAUUUCCGUCGCUCAGCGGCAGCGAUGCAAACGCAGAGCAAUGAAAUGCUAUCGUCCGCACCAUCGUCGUCAUCUACAAAUUCUAUGUCAAUGUCCACCGAAGGCAUGCACAAGGGGGAGAAGGGUAAAAGUAAGCGACUGCAAAUGUUGCGUGGCAAUUUGCCGCCAUUGCUGAUACACUCAGUGUCGUUCCGCAAGAAUAAGGAGGAGGGUAAGCAGCUGGACUAGAAAGAGUGGGGCGCGGAGAAUUGCGUAUUAUGCAAAAAUGGUGGAGAAGAACUAAACGAGCGCGGAUGGAAGGGGGGAUAGUGUGCGAUGGCAUGCUGUUGUAUGUACUUAAGUGAGCGCUAAGGAGAGAGUGUAAAAAAUUAGAGUAUUAGACAGUGGAGCUGCCUGAACUUGAACCUAAAAAAAUAAAGUAAAUAAAAAUACUAAGUUUAGCUUGUUUUUUUCGAAAGUGGGCGCUAAAUUUUUUA